AUGGUCCUUAGGGACAGUAACCCCAUCAGGAAGAAAAAUUUGCUAUUGACAGGUGGAAUGGACCAGAUAAUUAGAGUCUGGAAUCCUUAUCUGCCUGGAGAACCAACAGGUAUGCUGAGAAGCCACACAGCUCCAGUGAUUUACAUCCAUGUGUCUGCUGAGGAUAACAAGAUAUUUUCCAUGUCCACCGACAACACUAUUAAGAUCUGGGAUCUGGAGACCAACAGCUGCUUGUUCACUGCGUCCUCCAAAGCCAGCGGCAUUCGGGGUGAGCCCGGGGCCUGCCUCUAUCUCCCCGGUCCCGGAGCCCUGCGUGUGGCCGCUGAUAUCCUAGCACCCCUGCACCUGAGGCUGAGUUCUCCCCACAAGCCUCACCCGGUGGUUUCCCACAAGGAACCUGUUGUAUGCUGCCGGUACAACUCCACAUUCAGGCAGGUGAUCAGCUGCUCAGAAGCAUCUGUGGUGAAAGUAUGGGACUUUGAAAUGGGAAGACUGUUGUCUGAAUUUACUGAGGCUCCUGGCACUGCUGAAAUCACCUGUCUGACCUUUGACUCCAGUGGAAGAAGGCUGGUUACUGGGGGCAGAGACAGUUGUCUAAAAAUAUGGAGCUACAACAGUGGACAUUGUCUGCACACUCUGAAACAUGAUGGAGAGCAAGGUGAAGUCUGUGAUUGCACCUACUUGGAAGUGAACCAAAAUAAGUGUAUCAUAGGGGUUGGAUGGGAGAGAAGAAUAGAUGUGUACUUUGACACACCGUGUGACUUUCAUCACUUCCGGAAGCCACAGCCACACUGGCAAGAUGACUUGAACCAUGGGCACAAGGAAGACAUUCUCUGUGUGGCUCAUUGUCCACCUUCUCUCCUCGCCACCUCCAGUUACGAUGGGGAGAUUAUCAUCUGGAAUGUCAUCUCAGGCCACGUGUACCGCAAGCUGAAUUCCCCCAGCUCCUCUGAUGGCACAGAAGAUAGAGAAGGCCCAGAAAGAAGUGUGUCCUGCCUCGCCUUCCUCAAGACUCGGGCAGCCAACUUGGAAUCAGCCUCCGCUUCCCUGAUGGCAACGGGCCCCGCAGGUUCUGUCACCUUCUGGAGGCUGUUCAGUGGAGCCCGUCCCAUUGCAAACUUUGCUCCUUCCAGGGACAAAGCCCAGGUCAGCAGCACGGUGGUGACAGCGGGAGAUGCCUGUGCCUACGUGGCUGACCAGCGCGGCUUUGUGCACGUCUGUGACGUCGAGGAGCACGGCCUGCAGGGACAGGAGCUGCAACCUCCCACGAAUGUGACAUUCUGGAGGGCCCAUGUCAGCAUGGUGACACCUUUGGAGCUGAUAGAAGAAGAGGUUCUGCUCUCAUCCUCCCUGGACCGCAUCAUGCGCCUGUGGAGAAGGGAUGGGGCUUUCAGCGGGACCUUUGGGCAGAGCAGCCCCUGGGAUAUUUUCACUCCUGCCUCCUGGAGCCACCCUAGAGUGCCCCAUGAAAUCCUGACAGACCCCCAGAGCAUGCCUGCUCACCCAGUGCUAGAAGGAGGUGUUUCUGCCACGUGCAGAGGAGAAGAGCAAGACAAGGUGGUGGAGGGCAAGGCCAGUGCUGAGCCUGAAAAGACCUCUGAUCCUCGCUCUCCAGGAGACUGCAUCCUUGAAGUGAAGGAAGACUCCUGUGGAGGGGAUGGAUUCGGCAGUGACAGGCCGCCCUUGGAGCAGAGCGAGCCUCCCCGGGGCACACCUGCGCUGGGGACCCCCAGCAUCUACCAGAGCCUCCGAUCUGACCCCGAGUUUGUGAGCCUGACGGCCCUGGUGUGA